AUGUAACGUGCUUAAGUAUGUAACAUUUAUAUACUGUGUUUGCUGGGUCGUUUCCUCAGCAAAUUAUUCUACCCUGACUCUGAUAGAUGCGGGAGACGCGAAGGGGGAUUCGCAUCGUCUCUUGAUGGCUUUACUUCGAAGUGGCGCGAAGAUAGCAAUCUAAUAGUAUUCGCUAGAAUUACAGGGCGCCAAGAGGCGAGGAUGUAACCGCGUGAGGAGACAUCCGCCCUAAUCGCGUACAGAGUUGUGUAUAGAGCACGAGAAAGGGAAGAUGCAGUCUUCCACCUGCCAGCAGCAACAAGCACAACCAGGUCAGAACGGAACCUCCGCUAGCAGGACGUCGUUCCUCAUCGAGGAUAUCCUUAGUCGCGGCACCGUCACUCCCCAUCAUCCCCAUCAUCACCAGUUGCACCACCAGCAUCAUUUGACGUCCACCUCCGCGCAGCAUCAUCAGUAUCAGCAAUUCACCAGUCUGCUACCCGGUUAUCCCGCAGCACCGCCUGCCGCGGCGGCCUUCCUUCUGCCAUUCUUCGGUAGCGCCGGCAUGGGGGUCGGCGUGGUACCAGGAGUCGGGGAGUUAGCGGCCUUGAAGCACUGUCGCCGACGAAAGGCCCGAACCGUGUUCAGCGAUCAACAACUGGCGGGUUUGGAAGCCAGAUUCGAGGUGCAGAGAUACCUGAGCACCCCCGAGAGGGUUGAACUCGCGGCUGCAUUACAUCUGUCCGAGACCCAGGUGAAAACGUGGUUCCAGAAUCGACGGAUGAAACAUAAGAAGCAGUUGAGGAAGCAGAACAUAAGUGGCGGGAGCAAUUCUAAUUCGGGACAACAAUCCCUGUCUGUCACAUCGCCCGCUGAACGGCCGGUCGAUUUUUCGCUGAGCGGCGGACGCGAGUCGCGCGCGAGCAGCGACGCGCCCGCGGAUUCCGACGACGAGGACGACGACGAGAUCGACGUGCUGGGUGACGAGACGCCGUCGCCGACCCCGACGCCGACGGCGACGCCGGCACCGACCCCGACGUCGACCCCGACGUCGACGCGAAGCGGUGCCCCGUCGAGACGCUCCGGCACGCCGCCGAGGAUCCCGCAUCCCGGAGCGGCGAUCCUUCCGCAGCAUCCUCACCCGCAUCCGCACCUGAUCGGCCUCCAUCAUCAGCCGCAUCAUCAGCAGCACGGCAACAGUCAGCAUUCCGCCCAACGUCCGACGCAUCAUCGCUGAGAUACGACGUUCUCGCUCGUUUUUCUUACCCGGAAUCACGGCACGACAUAUGUAGAGAAGGAAAAGAGAUAAUCCUCGCAUGUUCGAAUAUAUCGAGCGGAUUUAUCUCGAAAAUUUAUCAGAGCUUAAAGCUUCCAAAGCCGCGUAACACGCACGGAGAACAUCGUGGAAUUUUGCAGAGCAUCGGCAAGAGAGAGAGAGAGAGAGAGAAAGAAAAAAGAAAGCAACGUCUCAUGUCCUCCAAAGGUAUUUAUAUACGGUCAUUGAAAUGAUUGACGCAAAUUCGACGGAAUUGGAAUCGUCGCCGGAAACUGGAACUGGAGUUUUAUCCCCCGGUGUUUUCCCGAAAUCUACUUUUUAUAUAGCUAAAAUACGGUAUAAAGAGAAAUACGGUAUCUGGUCUGUUGUUACCUUUUAUAGUCAAGUGUAUAAAAAACUAGGCCGUGGUUUUCGUUGAAAAUUAAACUAUCAUACUCUAACGCGA